UCAUUUCACUGACUUGAAGAACCUAUACGCCUGCAUCUCAAGUAGACGACCCAACGAUUCCAAUCUGCCGAGAGAGAAGAAGACUAACUCAAUCUUCCCCUGGGCGGGAAGCAUCAGCACAGCCCUCGACAUGGACAACACAACAGAAUUGGCCCUGACCCCUGUCAAUAACAACUUCACCAACAGCAACUGUUCCCGUGACAACGUGCUGAAGACGGUGGUGUUUCCUGUUCUCUACUCCCUCCUCUUCCUGUUGGGCCUGUCGCUCAACGGCCUGGCAGUGUGGGUGUUCUUCAGCAUCCCCAGCCGCUCCCACUUCAUCAUCUACCUCAAGAACAUUGUGGUGGCCGACGUCCUCAUGACCCUCACCUUCCCCUUCAAGGUGCUGUCUGACUCCAACAUGGCGUCCGUGGGUCUGCGUGUCUUUGUCUGCCGUGUCUCCUCUGUGCUCUUCUAUCUCACCAUGUACAUCAGCAUCCUCUUCUUCGGCCUCAUCAGCAUCGACCGCUGCAGGAAGACCCUCCAGCCCUUCAAGAUGACCAACAUGGCCCGUCUGACCCACAGAAAGCUGCUCUCUGUGGCUAUCUGGGCCUCCCUGCUGACCCUCUCCCUGCCCAACAUGAUCCUGACCAGCCACAGCCCCACCUCGGCCUAUUUCAAGUGCAGCGUUCUUAAAACGGAGGCUGGGCUGCUCUGGCAUGAGGUGGUCAACUAUGUGUCCCAGAUAAUCUUCUGGGGGAACUUGGUGACAGUGAUAGUGUGUUACACACUCAUCACCAAAGAACUGUACAGUUCAUACGCCCGCACCAGGGCAUGCCGUUCUACUGGAGCCAUAGACAACACUGGUACUGGUGUGGGUAAUGUUGAAGGGCAGCGCCAGCCCCGGAGGAAGAGUGUGAGUUCAAACGUCUUCCUGGUGCUGGCUGUGUUCUUUGUGUGCUUCGUGCCGUUCCACUUCUCCCGCGUACCGUACACCCUGAGCCAGACGAGGGUACACCUGUUUGACUGCAACCUCAAGCUGUUCUUCUUCCAGCUGAAGGAGAGUACACUCUGGCUGUCCUCCCUCAACUCCCUCCUGGACCCUCUCAUCUACUUCUUCCUCUGCAAGUCCUUCAGAACCACCCUGUUCAAGACCCUCCGUCUCCCACCUGGGACCUGCAGCUGGCUCACUGGGAGAGGGUCCGAUCCCAACACAGCAGAGGAUCAGACCCAAACACAGGAGACUCCCCUGGGAGACACAUCUAUUAUGUAAUCUAUCUGUAUUUAGGUAAUAGGUAACUAAAACUCUAUGUUCUAUCUAUGUAUCGUGAAGAUCUGAUGAAUGUUUCACAGAGGAUCAUUACUGCCCUCUCCUGGAAGGUUGACUAAACUGAACUGUGUGUUCAUUAAAAUGCCUGGGCAAUGGGAACAAUCAAUGUAAACUCAAUGAGAAACAAUAUUUUAGCCAGUGAUGAUUAUGAUAAUAUGCAGAGCAGCUGUUCCAGUACAGCAAUAGCUCUAUGUUUGUUACACCAGUCUGAUACACCAGUCUGAUACACCAGUCUGAUACACCAGUCUGUUAUACCAGUCUGAUACACCAGUCUGUUACACCAGUCUGAUACACCAGUCUGAUACACCAGUCUGUUACACCAGUCUGAUACACCAGUCUGAUACACCAGUCUGAUACACCAGUCUGAUACACCAGUCUGAUACACCAGUCUGAUACACCAGUCUGAUACACCAGUCUGAUACACCAGUCUGUUACACCAGUCUGAUACACCAGUCUGAUACACCAGUCUGAUACACCAGUCUGAUACACCAGUCUGUUACACCAGUCUGAUACACCAGUCUGAUACACCAGUCUGUUACACCAGUCUGAUACACCAGUCUGAUACACCAGUCUAAUACACCAGUCUGAUACACCAGUCUGUUACACCAGUCUGAUACACCAGUCUGAUAUACCAGUCUGUUACACCAGUCUGUUACACCAGUCUGAUACACCAGUCUGAUACACCAGUCUGAUACACCAGUCUGUAACAGUUAGUAGAAUGUUAUAACACCCUCUAAACAUCACCGUAACCUCAUGCCAAGGAACUCACCUCGGGUCUCCCUGUCAGUCUCGUAACAGCUUAGUUCCCUACACUGGCAUUCUGCUUUGACUUCAUCACUGUUUUGGCCUAGGAACUGAAAUAAGAGACAUACGUACUUCCCCUGUAAUUAUGUAUAACCAUGGCACAGUGCAAAACGUUCUUUACAGCAUAAAAAUAUGACAUGUGAUUGUUUUUUUCUCUCUUCUAUUAAAUUAGUCAUGUACAGUGCCUUGCGAAAGUAUUCGGCCCCCUUGAACUUUGCGACCUUUUGCCACAUUUCAGGCUUCAAACAUAAAGAUAUAAAACUGUAUUUUUUUGUGAAGAAUCAACAACAAGUGGGACACAAUCAUGAAGUGGAACGACAUUUAUUGGAUAUUUCAAACUUUUUUAACAAAUCAAAAACUGAAAAAUUGGGCGUGCAAAAUUAUUCAGCCCCCUUAAGUUAAUACUUUGUAGCGCCACCUUUUGCUGCGAUUACAGCUGUAAGUCACUUGGGGUAUGUCUCUAUCAGUUUUGCACAUCGAGAGACUGACAUUUUUUCCCAUUCCUCCUUGCAAAACAGCUCGAGCUCAGUGAGGUUGGAUGGAGAGCAUUUGUGAACAGCAGUUUUCAGUUCUUUCCACAGAUUCUCGAUUGGAUUCAGGUCUGGACUUUGACUUGGCCAUUCUAACACCUGGAUAUGUUUAUUUUUGAACCAUUCCAUUGUAGCUUUUGCUUUAUGUUUUGGAUCAUUGUCUUGUUGGAAGACAAAUCUCCGUCCCAGUCUCAGGUCUUUUGCAGACUCCAUCAGGUUUUCUUCCAGAAUGGUCCUGUAUUUGGUUCCAUCCAUCUUCCCAUCAAUUUUAACCAUCUUCCCUGUCCCUGCUGAAGAAAAGCAGGCCCAAACCAUGAUGCUGCCACCACCAUGUUUGACAGUGGGGAUGGUGUGUUCAGGGUGAUGAGCUGUGUUGCUUUUAUACCAAACAUAACGUUUUGCAUUGUUGCCAAAAAGUUAAAUUUUGGUUUCAUCUGACCAGAGCACCUUCUUCCACAUGUUUGGUGUGUCUCCCAGGUGGCUUGUGGCAAACUUUAAAUUACACUUUUUAUGGAUAUCUUUAAGAAAUGGCGUUCUUCUUGCCACUCUUCCAUAAAGGCCAGAUUUGUGCAAUAUACGACUGAUUGUUGUCCUAUGGACAGAGUCUCCCACCUCAGCUGUAGAUCUCUGCAGUUCAUCCAGAGUGAUCAUGGACCUCUUGGCUGCAUCUCUGAUCAGUCUUCUCCUUGUAUGAGCUGAAAGUUUAGAGGGACGGCCAGGUCUUGGUAGAUUUGCAGUGGUCUGAUACUCCUUCCAUUUCAAUAUUAUCGCUUGCACAGUGCUCCUUGGGAUGUUUAAAGCUUGGGGAAUCUAUUUGUAUCCAAAUCCAGCUUUAAACUUCUUCACAACAGUAUCUCGGACCUGCCUGGUGUGUUCCUUGUUCUUCAUGAUGCUCUCUGCGCUUUUAACGGACCUCUGAGACUAUCACAGUGCAGGUGCAUUUAUACGGAGACUUGAUUACACACAGGUCGAUUGUAUUUAUCAUCAUUAGUCAUUUAGGUCAACAUUGGAUCAUUCAGAGAUCCUCACUGAACUUCUGGAGAGAGUUUGCUGCACUGAAAGUAAAGGGGCUGAAUAAUUUUGAACGCCCAAUUUUUCAGUUUUUGAUUUGUUAAAAAAGUUUGAAAUAUCCAAUAAAUGUCGUUCCACUUCA